AUGGGGGAUGAACAAGAUCUCGAUCGACCAACGACGACAGAGGCGCCACCGUCAUAUGACAUGGCAUUGGAAGGGAACUUGUUGAGUGAAGAGCCAAAGGUGAGAGAGGACGGCCGCAUCAACAUAAAACUAGACUCGGACAUUGUAAGGAGACUGUCGCUCCUCUCGAUCAAUGGGCCACCGUCGGUACCCCCAAAAGAUAGACAGUCCUCGGCACCUCCCCCAUACUCAUGCAGGCAACAUGCGGAAGACGUCGAGCACCUCUUUCCCAUCAAGUUAAACAUUGCCAUUCAGGUUGUCGGAAGCCGUGGCGAUGUCCAACCCUUUGUCGCCUUAGGCGUUGAGCUACAGAAACACGGCCACAGAGUGCGACUAGCGACGCACGAUACCUUUGACCGGUUUGUCCGUGACGCAGGACUGGAAUUCUUCCCCAUCGGAGGGGAUCCGACAGAGCUUAUGGCGUAUAUGGUACGGAAUCCGGGGCUCAUACCAAGCAUGCAAAGCCUCCGGGCUGGCGAUAUCAAGAAGAAACGGGCCAUGAUGUCUGAGAUCCUUCGCGGCUGCUGGAGGUCCUGCAUAAGCCCAGACCCCGUCUCGAAUGUACCGUUUGUGGCGGAUGCAAUUAUCGCCAACCCGCCGAGCUUCGCUCACAUCCACUGCGCUCAGGCGCUGGGCAUCCCGGUACACAUGAUGUUCACAAUGCCCUGGACGAGCACGGAGGCUUUCUCGCACCCUUUGGUCAACAUGGAGCUUGGUCAGAGCUCCGUCACCAAGCAUAUGUCGGCAAACUAUCUCUCAUACGCGGUUGUGGAGGUUUUGACGUGGCAGGGGCUUGGUGACAUCAUCAACGAGUGGAGAGAGAGCAUCGAUUUGGAGCAUAUUGCCUUUUCAGAAGGGCCGCGUCUCGCAGAAACGCUCAACGUUCCCUUCACCUACUGCUGGUCGCCCGCUCUAGUGCCGAAGCCCAGAGACUGGGGGAACCACAUAGAUGUAUGCGGAUUCUUCUUCCGUGAGCCGCCCUCGUACACGCCGCCUCCUGAGCUCGAGAAGUUCCUCGCUGCAGGUCCGCCUCCGAUCUACAUUGGCUUUGGCAGCAUCGUCGUCGACAAUCCAUCAUCUCUUUCUGAGAUAAUUCUCGAAGCUGUCUCUAUCACCGGAACCAGGGCACUCAUCUCGCGGGGAUGGAGCAAGCUAGAUGGCGCCGAGAGUACCGACGUCAUGUUCCUGGACGACUGCCCACAUGAGUGGCUUUUCCAGCACGUCAGGGCUGUUGUACACCAUGGAGGUGCAGGCACGACAGCAUGCGGCCUUCUCCAUGGCCGGCCGACCACCAUUGUGCCUUUCUUUGGGGACCAGCCUUUCUGGGGCGACAUGGUGGCCGCUGCCGGCGCUGGCCCGUCGCCCAUUGCUCAGAAGUCCUUGGACGUGAGUCAGCUCGUCGAGGCGAUACAGUAUUGCCUGACCAAACAAGCCGCCUCGGCCGCGGAGAGAAUUGCGGUGCAGAUGAGGUCCGAGCCGGGCGUCCAGCAGGCGGUAAAGUCCUUCCACUCAAGUCUUCCUCGGGACUUGCUCGAGUGUGACAUUAUCAAGGGCCAGCCUGCAGCAUGGACAUACUCGUGCAAGAGGACUCACCUCAAGCUAUCAAAGGCCGCGGCCGAAGUUCUUCUAAGUCACCUCAAGGUUGAAAAAAGAGGGCUCGAAAUGCACGAAAGCCGUCGAACCGUCAUUCAGACACGUCGGUGGGAUCCUUUUACGGGAACGAUCGGUGCCGCCAUUGGUGUCAGCGCAGACCUGGCCAGGGCUGCUGCAGACACGGUCGUCAAGCCUGUCAAGGUCUAUCACCAGAGGAGAAAGGAUGCGGAGACCAAUACCUCGCCUGAUCUAACAGCCACGGACAUGGCGAGAUUGCGCGCCCAAGACCCAACCAGCAUCAACGGCGGAGCAAAGUCCAGACACUGUCUGAACACAGCCAGAACUCUGGCUGCGGUUUCAGGGAGCGGUGCCGCCGAUUUUCUGAAGCGAUUAUCGAGUGGCGCAAUCAUCGUGCCGUUUGCCUUCACCGAGGGCUUGAGACACCUGCCGCACUUAUAUGGUGAGAAUGUCAGAGACUACGGCGAAAUUCGCGACUGGAAGUCCGGAGCAGCCGCUGGAGGGAAGUGUGUUGUCCUCGGCCUCUACGACGGAGUGGCUGGUCUCGUCCUCCUACCAUACUCUGGAGCCCAGCGCCAAGGGGCAAUCGGGGUUGUUAAAGGUGUCGGUAAGGGAAUUGCAGGCCUGGGCAGCAAUGUCUUCACAGGUACGUAA